AUGGCCCAUCUAUUAUUAGCAAUGGAACAGCUUGGUGAAGUGAAGCUAGGAUUUCGUUUUGCCAUCUUUUUCUCAAGUUUUCUGAGUUUAUCAUCUUUACAUGAUUCAUAUACUAAUUUGAAGUUGAACAUCCCAAGUCUACAUAUUUAUGGUAGCAAUGAUCAGGUUGUUGCUUAUACGAACAGUGAAAAAUUGCAAACAAUGUUCUCUGAUAGCGUAUCGAUUGUACACGAUGGAGGACAUUUUAUUCCUACGAUGACCAAAUAUAAAGAUGUUGCUAUAAAGUUCUUAGAGAGAUUUAUUGUUGAAUAA